AUGCAGCGCAGCUAGUUCGCGUUUGAAAUCGCAGCUUGAUUAGCGUAGUAGUGAUAGCAAUCAUGAUGCCACUAGCACAUCUCGUCAAAGAAUCUCUUCCAAAUUAUUUAGCUGGAUUGCCUAUUCCGGAUACUAUAGGAGGAUGGUUUCGACUUGGAAUACGUGAUUGGAUUUCCUUAGUCCCACCAACAGCUUUAUUAGCGGGUAUCGGUUAUAUGUCAUAUAAAGCAUUCUGUCCAAAGGCUAGAGUACCACCAUGUGGGUUUGUGAAUCCUAAUAUAAAGAAGGAUGUAAAUAAAGUGGUAGACACGGUUGAUAUAGAAGAUAUCACUGAGAAAGCUGCAUUUUGCCGUUGUUGGAGAUCUAAGAAUUGGCCAUAUUGUGAUGGUGCUCAUGGGCGUCAUAAUCAGGAAACGAAUGAUAAUGUGGGUCCUCUUGUAAUUACAAGAAACAAAGAUUAAUGUAAACUUAUUGGCACAUAAAAAUUGCUGUAUGUACUUGUUCUUUACAAAGCUGAUUAUAAACAAAAACAAAAAGAUUCCUGUAACGAAUAAUAUAGAAUCAUAUAAACAUGUCACAAAUAAUUAGUGUAGAUAAAUAUUUAAAUGAAUAAAAAACCAACACCAAGUACAGAAUGUAAAAUA